UAGUGAGGUUAUGUUUUUUGUUUUGGGUGCAUUGAGUUCUAAUUCUAUUCAGUAAAAUGGCUUUAAAAUCUGCUUCAAAUUCAAGUGAUCUCCUUAAAUCUGAUAAAAGUGACCUUAAAAGAUUCCUUUAUGUAGAUUCAGCGGAAAAUGACAAUGAUUCCUCAGAUUCAGAGAAGGAAAUUGAGUUACCGCAACCUUCUAAGCACAAGAACCGCAAAGUAGGAGAUUUUAGCUCUGAUUUCCAGUUUGCAAUCUCCACGGCGGACUAUAACAAAGAUUCAUGGGAUGAAUUGAUGCAACAGCUGAAGAGAAGAAAGAAAACACAUGCAGAUGAUGCUAUUGAGAAGCUCAAAAGUGAGGGAAAUGUUAAGGAAGAGGAUGAAGUGGAUCUGUCGGAUGAUGAUCUGGUGCACGAUGACUUCAGGCUGAAGGAAAAGAAAGGAAAAAAGAGGAUUGCAGUGAAGGAAGAAGAAACACUGGUGGAGGACAUGGAGACUGGAGAGAAGCUGGAAAUGGAGGAUGCUGUACUGCCGACGGGGGAUGAAGCAUCAUACUUUCAUGAGAUGAAUCUCUCAGGACCACUAAUGAAAGCCAUCAGGCAGCUGGGAUUCAUUCAUCCAACUCCCAUUCAAGCAGCCACAAUUCCAAUUGCUCUAAUGGGAAGGGAUAUCUGUGGAUGUGCUGGCACUGGCACAGGUAAGACGGCAGCUUAUAUGCUGCCUACACUCGAGAGACUCCUCCAUAGACCUUCCAACCAGAUGGUUACUCGAGUUCUGGUCCUGGUGCCAACCCGGGAGUUGGGUGCUCAAGUAUUUACUGUGACCAGAGAUUUGGCUCAGCAUACAAAAAUCGAAACCUGUCUGGCCAUUGGAGGAUUCGAGCUCAAGACACAAGAGUCUGAGCUGCGACAGAGACCUGACAUUGUCAUCGCUACUCCGGGCAGAUUAAUUGAUCAUCUCAAGAAUACUCCCAGCUUUUCCCUAUCUCACGUUGAGAUCCUCAUCCUGGACGAAGCUGAUCGUAUGUUGGAUACUUAUUUCACGGAUCAAAUGAAAGAGAUUAUCGAUCAUUGUUCACGAACGCGUCAAACGAUGCUCUUUUCAGCCACAAUGACUGAAAAAGUAAAGGAUCUCGCUACAGUGUCCCUCACAAAGCCUGUAAAGGUCUUUGUGGAUAGCAAUCAGGCCGUAGCUGAGAAUCUUCAGCAGCAAUUUAUUCGGAUUCGUGGUGAAAGUGAGAAAGAUCGAGAACCAAUUCUAGCAGCACUUAUUUGUCGUACUUUCCACGAUCAUGUGAUCGUAUUUGUGCAGACGAAAAAGCAGGCACAUCGCUUGAGAAUCCUCCUGGGUUUGAUGAAUAAGAAAGUAGGAGAGUUGCAUGGUAAUUUGACCCAAGCACAGCGCCUGGAAGCGCUGAAGAACUUUAAAGAUGAGCAAAUUGAUAUUCUCGUGGCGACGGAUGUGGCGGCGCGUGGAUUGGAUAUUUCUGGGAUUCGCACGGUCAUCAACUUUGUGAUGCCAUUGACCUAUGAACACUAUAUUCAUCGUGUUGGAAGGACGGCUCGUGCUGGACGCGGAGGAUUCUCGAUUUCUUUGGUUGGUGAAACCGAACGGAAGAUUCUCAAGGAUAUUGCUAAGCAUCGGAAUAAGGAACUGCAGCAACGGAUUAUUCCGGCGAAUGUGAUUACCAAGUACAAGAAUCGCAUUACAGCUUUAGAGCCAGAUAUUGAAAAUAUAUACAAAGAGGAGUUGGAGAAGAAGGCCAUUGCUAGGACGGAAAAUAUGCUGAAUAGGACGAAGGACAGGCUUGAGGGCAGUGCUUCAAUGAAGCGAGAAUUCCCGCUGAAGAUUAUGGGUGUCAAUAAGCAUCAGACGAAGAAAUCAGAAAAAUCUUUCAAGAAGAAAGGAUCAGGGGAUAAGAAAGGAAGGCAUGAACGACGAACAGGAAGCUUCACGAAAGCCAUCUCGAACGUGAAGAAUUCGAGAAAAUUCAGACACGAAGCAAGCCAUGCUAUGAAAAUGAAGCAAAAAGGCAAGAAGAACCGAUAAAUAGUGGAUAAAUUUGGACAAACAAAAAAAAUGGUAAUAAAAGUAAAGAAUUUAAUUAUGAAUUCGUAAAUAAAUUCCGCUAAAUUAAGGAAA